GAUAAAUGCUACAAAGUUAAUUGAGAAUUUAGCAUAUAAACAAAAUUUUCUUUUUUUUUCUCAUAAUUUUUUAUCUAAUUUUUUACAAUUAUGAACGAAACUGCUGCACCUAAAAAGAAAACAUUGAAAGUAGUUGAAGAUGGCGCGGAACAAGUAGAAGCCGCGACAAAUGUAGCAGUACCAUUUGCAAAUUUUUUACCAUUUAUAGAAGAGGUGUCCAGGUUACUUAAAGAAAUCGUAGAUAUAUAUCAAACAGCAGUAAUUAAUAAAGGAAUAUGUGGUGUAAUGUUAGAUAGAGUAGCCAUAGCUGAAUCAGCUACAAAAAAAUUCUUAAAAGUCCGAGAGAAUGAAGAAUUUUUUUCAGCAGAAAAUUAUGUUAAUUUACAAAAAUUAGUUACCGUAGUUGGUAAAAUACGUAAAUUUCUAGCAGAAAUUUCUCAAGUUAGGGGAUUAAAAAAACAUACGCAAGCUAAAAAUAUUGAAAAGACUGCAAUGGAUUUAAAUAAAGAAUUUGAUUCUACCAUUCAACUUUUGGAAUUUGCUUUCAUGGUUGAUUUCAGUUUACGUGAUGAUAUUGAUAAUAAAAAGAUCAGAGCUGAUAUCGAAGAUUUAAUUGAGAAUCUUCAAGCAAUCGGAGGUGGUGGUGGUAGAUUUGAUCCGAAUAAAAAUGUCUCCACAAUAAUGGAUAAAUCCGAAACUAACAUAUUUCAAAGUGAAUUACUUCCAUAUAAUGAUUUUGAAGAAGUUGAAGUUGGAGAAAAUGUUGGUAAAAAAAUAAAAAAAUAUAAAAGAAUAAAAAAUGGGGUUAAUGAUUUCGUUGUAUUAAAAUUAGUAGCAGAUGAAAGUAUUAAGGAAGAGGCUAAGAAUAAUAUUAAAAAUCAAGUUACAAUUUUAAGUAAAUUAGAAGAAUGUGAUAAUAUUAUUCAAUUUUUUGGUUUAACUACUAUUGAUGGUAAUAAAUGGUUUUUAGUAACUGAAUGGGCUGAAUAUGAGGUUUAAGUUUCUUGAAUGCUGUUGAGAUUGUUCAUUGUGAUAUAAGAGCCGAGAAUAUUUUAAUUACAGAUUAUCAAACGGCCAAGAUCGCAAAUUUUAGUUCAAGUAAAGCCGUAACUGAUGUUACAAAAAACCACAAAACAACACUAGAACGUGUUCGAUAUUGUGCUCCAGAAAAUUCAGAAAAAUUAGGAACACAAACUAAAUAUAAUACAAAGAGUGAAAUUUAUAGUUUUGGUAUCUUACUUUGGGAAAUCGCCGAAGAAAAAGUUCCUUAUGCGAAUUAUAACGAUAUUAUGGCUAUUACUGAACU